GGAGUUUUCAGGAUUUCAACCGGUGAUUGUUUUAACUGCAGUUAAAUAUGAACAAACUGUCUUCAAAAACUCAAUAAAGUUCACAGUUUCCUAACGUUGAAGUCCAGAAUGAACGUGUUCAAAGCAUCCAAGUUUAUAGAAAGCCAUCAAGCUCACAUAUACAUAAAAUAUGACUUUUAGCACCUAAACAGCUCUUUAUCUGUGAGCUGCACAUGUGGUUUUUGUGUUCAACGUCUGCAGGCUGUUCUUGAGAAAACAUCUCAACUCAUUAUCGCUUUCUUCCCGUGUGAAGAACUACAGCUAAGCUCCCUCAGCACAUUCAGGCUAGCUUGGCUCCGCUUAACCGAUCCUAGGAAGACGCCGCUGACCGCAGUACCAGGACAGGCCUGCGCUGUGCUCGUCACAAACAGGAGGAUCUGCUUAUUUAGAGGAGGUAUAAAACUGGGAGUAGAUCCCCUCCAAGGAAAUCCUGUAAUCCAUCAGCAAAAUGUUCCUCUUCACUUUGGUGCUGGUGGUGCUGUUUCUACCGGAAGCUGACAACCUGAAAUGUAAAUGUGAACCUAGCCGCUACGGAACUUGCGCUAAGGAAACAACUGAAUGUCCCUCAGAGGACGAUCGUUGUUCAGUAAGAACACAAGUCUAUUAUUUAGGUGGUGCAAAGUCUGAGUACAACUCCAAAGGUUGCAUUAGGUCUGAUCUGUGUCUUAAUUACUCUAUCAGCUAUGGAGCUUACAGAAUUGUACAAAACACCAAGUGCUGCAGUGAAGAUCUCUGCAACGCCCAGAUUAACUACACAAAACCUAUCUCCACUCCAAAUAGAAAAAAGUGCUACAACUGUGAUGAAGAAAACUGCAUGAAAACCGUUAAAUGUGCAGGGGAUGAAAACUACUGCAUUAAUGUAACAGGAUAUACACAAGGAGAACGUUUCAUAAUGAAGGGUUGUGCCUCUAAGUUGGUGUGCUCAGGUCAUUUUUCUUCAGUGAUGAGUCAGUUUACUUCACGGCCCCCUGGAGCAAAGAUUAGCUGCUGCCGGGGCAACUACUGCAACGGCGCCAGCAGCACCAUCAGCCCAGGAAGCAAAAGCAGCGCCAGCAGCACCAGUCCCACCCUGCUGCUCCUGUUGGUGCCUCUGUUGUUUUCUAACUUUUUUUCUUAGCUCACAGAAGCUACUGAAUUGCUGCCAUGUUUUCUUUUUAAUCACAAUUCAUUUUCUAAACCUGUUCUUUUUAUUUGAUUCUAUAGCUUGGUUAGCUAAGCAACAUGUUAUAAUCAACAACAUCCUCUAUACUUUGUUGUUCUAUACUAAAAUAAUCUUCCUCAAUAAACACAAUUUUUUUU